ACCUUUGGAUCUGUCUGAUCAACGAGAAUGUGAUUUUAAUCUAGAUAGAGCAGAGUUUCUUUUAUAUCUUUCUUCUAUUUUAUAUCAUCGAGACGAUAAUAUGGUUCAUAAUGCACACGAGACACUUACUAAAUUAAAUGCAAGGAAAAAGAAGCCAACGGACAAAGAUUUUCGAACAGUAUUAAAACUUCUUUAUGAUAGUGAAAACUCAAUUAGGGAACAGGUAGAUCAGUUUGAUCUUAAAUUUACUUCUAUAUCGGAAUUGAACCAUCUUGGUGGAACAACUACAACCAGUUUUGCUCAAAUGUUAACUGACACGACUUUCCAACGCAUGGAUGCAAGUCCAUAUCUUUUUGGUAAAGUUCAUGAAGGCUAUUUCAAAUCAUUAUUUGGAACCAAUAAUGCAAAUCAUUGUGCUGCAUUAAGAAUGGCUGAUACGAUUCGAAUUAAAGUUGCAGAAAUUAAUCAAAAAAAUAAACUUCCAGUAAAUUUAUGGAUCACUGGGCAUUCUAUUGGUGCAGCAUUUGCGACGCUAUUCUAUGCUUGGUUAAUGAAAACUCCAUCAAGUUUAGAUGAAAAUUGUAUUUUACGUGAUGCAUUCUCGUCCUGUGUCAACACACUCUCAUCCGGUGUCAACACAAUUUUAUCUU